GUAAUUUUUGUUUCAAUUGUAGAGGUAAAAGUCCUUACAUGCAUAAGUGUUUCAUUGAAAUGAUGUCCAGGAAUGUUAUUCCCACUGCGUGUCAUAUUCAGGGUUUCUUAUUUUCUGAACGGCAUCGUGCUGUUUUUGCCAUGAGGUACAUUGACAAAUGCUGGGAAAUACACAGAGCUUUUUGUCGUCAGAAUACCAGACCUCCAUUUGAACCCACAAUGAAAAUGAGGCAGUUCCUUUGGAUGUUGAAUGAUUUCAAACUUCUUGGCAAACAAUUAACUGCUUCAAGACUUGUGGAAAUACUUUUCAAAGAUGGCCCCUCCCUACACGACAGCAGCAGUAGCAACCUGGAGCAGGAGCUGGUUUUUCUUGAAUUUGUUGAAGCUCUUCUUCAUUGUGCAUUGGUGUAUGUUACCAGUGAUACAAUUAAGGAGCAGGUAGAUGGAGAUAAUCAGAAAAGAAGGAACUUUAGAACGGAAGGUUUCUCUGAAGGAACCACAAAUGAGACUUUCUACAUGCAGUAUUCUCUCUCCCAGGUGCUGAGACCUUGUGAAGACAGAGGGCAAAGUCUUCAAGAAUUUCUAAUGGAUGAACUAGAAGCCCAAACUGGAAAAGAUAAGGAAUUUGAUUGGUGGAUGUAUCAAGUGCAAAUCUUUUUUACAAACAACUUGUUUCCAGCCUACCAGCAUGAAAAAGUGUUGAAGGCAAAAAUAAAAGAAAAUCGAAUACAGAAUGCUGAGUUAGCUGAGCUGAGAAGGAGGAAGGAUGAGGAGAUAGCAAAACUUAUUGCUGAAAGAGAAGCAGAAGAUGCAAAAAAGCAGAAAGAAGCUGCAGAAGAAGUGUCACUGGAGUCCAAGAGUACAGUUUUUAAGGAGUUAGAAGAGCCUGGUGUACAGUUAGCACCCCCUCCAAAGGAAGAGGCAUCUGCUGUACCAGCCCCAGCUGUUACCAAGGUGCCUACAGGAACCAAGAGGAGGAGGAAGUAAAUCUUGUCAGUUUAGUGGAUCUCAUCAGAAUGUAAGUGUUCUUUGAAGAACAAAAUACAAACCAAAACCCACACCAAAUAACACUUCCACUGGCAUCUAAAUCAGAAGUGCUAUAGAAGUGAGAUUUGCUGUUCUGCUGAAACUGAACUUCAAGGCUAGCUGUCCUUAAACAAAGAGCCUUGGGAAAAGGAAUAUGUGGGCAGUUAAAUAAAGUGUAACCCUCUGCAGAAAUAAACAAAGCUAUUCCAGCAAUCAGUGUUAGCUAACCAGUUAAAACUUGCAUCAGUGUUGAGGUGAUAUAGAACUUACGUUCCCUAUGGUGAUGGUAGUGCUGACGUAAAUGGCUUCAUGGUAAAUCACUUCUACGUACAUGAAGUCAGUCAAGUAAGUAUUUCUUGUGCUCCAGUCUGAUUGUGUUUGGGGAAUACUUGCAGGUAGGAAUUUGACAACAAAAGAGGUAAAUUGAAGUAGGAGUUGUUAAAAACAGGUCAGGUCAGCCUAGAACUGGAGCUAUAAAGUUACUUGUUCAGAGGUCUUUUGUAAGCAGUCUCAUUUCACACCACAGCGUAACGUCCUGCUUAUUUUAUACAAAUCAACACAGAGAUCAAAAGAUGCCCUUAAAAGUAUAACAAUUAUUACUUGUAUUUUAUUUGCCAGUAAAAUAUUCACAUAACAUCAGAA